AUGGAUGAAAGCACACAAUCAUGGAAAGAUCUAAUCACUCGUCAUAGUAAAAAAUCUAAAUUCAAAUCACGCACCUGUAAAGUCUACAAUGUUCAGUCAAAGUCUCAUGACAAUCCAGAUGAAUUAUGUCCUUGUGGUCGCAUGGUUCGUCGUCAUAGUUUCACUGAUGAAUCUCUGGAAUCCAAAGAGAGAAGCCAAGGAAAUACUGAAUGGGAGCCUAAAAAUCAAUUUCUCGACACGAAAUAUUCUGUCGAAGUGCCUAUCAACGUAUAUGGAAUAUUGAAACCUACUGGUUGUAAAUUUCUUCGAAUAGAUAGUCGAUUACCAAUGAAAGAUUUAUAUCAGCUCAUUCUUGAAAAUUGCGACCAACAGAAGCCAGCUCUCAUCUUAAGUGUAUAUGGUGGAGUCAAAUAUUCCACUAUGACAGAAAGACUUGAAAAAGAAUUUAUAAGAGGUCUUAUCCAUGCUGCUACUAUGGCCGAUGCAUGGAUACUCACUGCCGGCAUCGAUAAUGGUAUAUCGAAAUUGGUUGGCGAAGGUAUUUCACAUUAUCGCCUCUUACAAGAAUAUCCGAAUAAAGUGAAAUGUAUUGGAAUGACUAUGUGGGGUACAAUAAAUGAAGAUACACGUCUUGAACUUAAAAGUGUAUCAAGCGGAUUUCCAACACCACUAUGUAAGCAACAGAUUCCAGACAAUACUCAAGAAUAUAAAGAAACAAUCGAAAGAAAUCAUACACAUUGUACUCUAUUCGAUAGUGGUAGAUUGAAUGAAUACCUAGGUGAUUCGCAGCGUCAUGAAUUUGUUAUCGAAGCAUGCAAAGAUACAGAUAAUGAUCAUAUAUGUUUCGGAGUAACAAUUAUCGUCGAAGGAGGUUUUGGUAGCCUUGAAGUUCUUGAAAAUGAUAUUAAAGAAAAACGACCAAUUGUUUUGAUUCAAGGUAGUGGUCGUUUAGCCGAUGCACUUGCUAUGCUAAUCGAACAGACAUCAAAUUCGGAUAGAAAUCAAUAUCGGAACCAAUCAGAGAAAGAAAUUGAAGAAGCUCUUGAUCGAUUCUUUCCUAGUGUUCCGUAUUCAGAUAUUGGUUCACAGACAAAAAAAAUUCAAAAGAUUUUACAAAAAGAAAAUCGUUAUCUAUUACAUGUUUUCUCAAUGAAUCGCGAUAAAAAUAUAGUUAACACAAUUUUCAAGGCUAUAUUUACUGUUACAAAAAUGAAAAAUAAAAAUGAAUCAUCGGAACAAGAACAACGUCGAAACAGAGAAGAUGAACUAGUAGAGUUGGCAUUUGAGUGGAAUUAUCUUGAUGGAGCUUUACCAAUAUUACAAGCACGACAAGAUGAAAUGUU